CAGAAGCUGGAGCUAGGAUUCUCUUAAAAACUUCCGUCAGAUUUCUCCUGCCGUUCAAAAUCAUCUUAAACAGGUUUAUCUGACCUUAUGAUGUGCUCUUGUUGCGUCUGCGUUUGGAGCUUUUCUCCAUGUGCUCUGGAAUAUUGGCGGUUAUCUUACAACGAUUGGAUGCGUUGUAAUUAUGAUUUGGUUCCUUUCAUGUACUCCUUAUGAACACCAAAAGAGACUUUCUCUUUGUUUGUGUCUGCUGUUCUUGAAGGUGCUCCUGUUGGCCCCUUGAUCAAAGUGCCAAUUGAUGUUGGACACUCACAGUAAAAGAUGUCAAUGGGU